AUGUCUUCAAUAAAUCAAUAUGAAUUAUUAAAAAAAGAUGGUACAUGGAAAGAUCGUCUAAAGUAUAUUUUAUCAUUGACCAAUAAAAAUGAUAUAGAAAAACAUUUAAAAGAAUCAUCAUUAUCAUCUUAUGAUGAUUUACAAAUGUUUAUUUUUUUAUCAUUAUCAAUUAAAAACGAAAAAAAUUUAUUCGACAUAUUUAAAAAUAAUUUAUUACCAACAAAACAACGAGCUUUUGCUGGUCAACGUUGGAUUCAACUUCAAAAAGAUGAAAAGAAAAUUCAUAAUUUUAUUGUUGAAUCAAUCAAUGAUAAAAAUCUUCCUCGAUAUUUAAAAAAUAAAAUAUUGAAAUAUCUUCAUCGAGUUAAUUGUUUAAAAAAAUCGUCAUCAUUUUUUUAUGAUCUUGCUUGUCAUUUAACAGAAUCAAAUAAUCAUGAUCAAUAUAAUAUAGAUGCACAUUUAGUACCAUUUUGUAAACAUGAUCAAAUAAUUGAUCUUUUAUCUCGAUGGUCAUUAAAAUGUUUUGAACAAAUUAAUUUAACAUCAGCAUUUUAUUCAAAAUUAAUUUUUUAUCAACCUCUUAUUAUUAUUCAUUUAAUGAAAGCUGAUUUAAAUGAAAAGAAAAAUGAUUAUGAAAAAUUUUCAAAUUAUUUUCAAAAAAAUGAUCAAAUAUUUAAUUUAAUUUCAAAAAAAGAAACAAAAGGAUUAAUGAAUUUAACAAUUGAAUAUUUAAAUCAAUUAGAAAAACAUAAAAGAUUUUUACCAUCAUUUAUUUACUCAAAACAAGAAUAUUUUUUUAAAAAAUGUCCAGAAGAAAUGAUUCAAAUAAUGACAAUCAUUGGUUCAAAUCAACCAGGUCAAAUGAAAUAUGCAUCUAGUUGGUCUAAUGAAGGAUCAGAUUUCAGUUCAUUUGAAAUACCUCGUUCAUUUUCUAUUGAAAAUUAUGUUCGUCUAUUUCUUGCUUUAUAUAAUACAUGUAAAUGGUCAUCAAAUCAUACGAUUCGUAUAUUUGAAUAUAUUUUACAAAAUCGACAAAAAAUUUCAAAUCUUUAUACAUUAAAAAAAGAACAAAAAUGGUUAAUUGAUAUUAUUAUUGAAAAACAUAUUGGAAAAGAAUUAUUUUUAAAAAAAUUAUUAAAAGAAGGAAAUGAAGAUAGUCUUCGAUUAUUUCAAAUGUAUCCAGAAUUAACAACACCACUUUCUAUUCAUAUAUUAUCACAACAUGAACGUAAUGGAAUAAGUGAUGAUAAAGAACGUUUAUCAUUUCUUCGUUAUCAUUUAAUGACACAAGAAAUAUUUGAUAAAUUUUUAUCUUUAUUUAAAAACACAGGUUCAGAUGUUAAUCAACGUGUUCAAAAUUAUCCACUUUUUUUUCAAUGUGCUAUAUCAACAAAUGAACAAUAUGUUAAAAAAGUUCUUGAAUGGAUUGCAAAAAGAUUUACUAAUGAACAAUUAACUGUUAUUGAAAAUUUCUUAAAUCAAUUAAGUUCAUCUAACAUGCGAUUUAAUUUAGAAUAUUUACCAAAUAAUAUUGAUUCAAUUCAAACUAUUAUUGAUAUUGCUAUUAAUCAUUUACAACAAUCAGCAUAUACUUUACAAAUUAUUUUAUCUUAUGGAUUAUUUUUACUUCGAUCUGUUGAACAUCAUCGAAAUAAACAACGAAAAGAAAUAAUUCAACAAUUCGCCAAGAAAAUUAUCAAACAAUGUUAUUCAAAGAGUGAUAACAUCACAGUUUAUGGAAUAUCAAUAAGUGAAACGUAUCCAGAAACACGUUCUAUAUUGGCCGAUAUUCUUAUAUCAGAUUUAUUUCCAAAACUUAUUUCAAAAUUAAUGUUAGAUGAAUUGAAUAAUGCAUUACAAUCAUACAUAGAUAAAGCUUGGCGUUUACCACAAAUAGAUUCAUUUAUUAAUUUAUUUUUCACUCAAUCUCUUUCUUUAUCAACAAAACUUCAAUCAGCAUUUAAAAUUGAUGCACAUUCUUCAAUGAUUUCAUUUUAUUUAAAAAAUAAUUCAACUCGAUUCGAAAGAGUUAAUCAAUUAAUUAACCAGAUUGAUAAAAUAUUUUUUAUUGAUACAGAUGUUCAACGAGUUGCUUUACGUUCUCAACAAUAUCGACAAUUUAUAGAUGAAUUAAUUCAAGAUAAUAAAUCUCUUACUAUAGAUAAAUUAUCAAAUGAACAAUGUAAAUUUUCAGCAGCAUUAAAUUCUACAACAAAAAAUCUUAAAUUACCUGGAUUAAAUAUUGAAGUAUUGAAUAGUUGUUAUCAUCUCUUGACUGGAAAACAACAACAACAUAUCACUAAUAUUAUUUUAAAUGAAUAUCUUCAAGAUGAAGAUGUAUCUAAUUUGAAUAAAUUAAAAUCAUUACGUGUUCUUCGUUCUUUAUCACAUACAUAUAAUGAAACUCUUGAAUGGCUUCAUAAAAAACAAGAUUCUCCAUUAGUAAUUAAGCGUUCUGAUGAGAGCUCUCGUGGGCGUUCUCGUGGUGCUACUGUUCAACCACUUGAUGAUAUUAUUUUAUGUUUACCAGCUACAUUUGAUUUAAAACCAGAAACUUUACUAAAACAUUUUGAUGUAUUAAAAACAAAGUUAAAUGCAUCAAAUGCUAAGUUUAUUAGUGAUGCUAUGCUAAGUAUUUCACGUAAAAUAAGUGAUGAAAUAUUCUUAAAAUCUUAUCUUGAAUUUAUUGGUAAUGAACAAUUUCAAAAACUUGGUAUAACAGCAAAUAAAGAAAUUCUUCGUUUAUUAAUUCAAUAUGUAUCUGAUCCAAGUUUAAUAAAUAUUGUUAUAAAACCUUUAUGGGACAGUCAUCCUCAUCAAGAUAUUCGUGCAUGUCUUAUUUUAACUCUACUUCAUUUUAUUGGUAAAUCAAAUUCAAAUGAUGAUAAUAUUAUCAUUUGGAAUAUUCUUGAACAAGCUACAUAUGAUGAUUAUCUUCCAGUAGUACAAUCGUUAUUUGCUGCUCAUAGAGGAAAUUCUCGUUGGCCAUUAUCGAAAUUAAAAAAUACAUCGAAAAAUUUAUUUGAAACAUUUGUUAAUCAAAUACAAUUUAAAAUAUUAGAUCAUCCAACAUCAUUAGAAGCACGUUCAUAUGCCUGGUCACAUCUUGAAUGUGAACAUUGUCAUAUGAAUGAAUUAAUUGAAAAAGCUCGAAAUUUAUGUAUUCAAUUUGAUAAAAAUGCCAAUAUUUUAUGGGUAAAAGCUUUUGAAAAAAUGAUUUUAUUUUAUAAACAACAAAAAUUAUCUUCAUUAGAUAUAAUUAUUAAUGUUAUUAAACAAGUCAUGUUAUGCAGAGAAGAUGUUGAUUCAAAACAAAAUGCCAUUGAUAAUCAACAUGAUUUACCAGUUUAUCAUCGUAUUGAAACUAUAUUAAAAAAUCUUACAUCUAUUAUGGAUCAGUUAGAUAAUGAGAAAAAAAUUCAAUUUCGUUCACUUACUCCAAUAUUUCUUCAGUUUGAUAAAACAUUAGCUCCUCUCAUUGGCAAAUUAUUAAUAAAAAUAGCUCAAAAUAAAGAAGAUAUUGAAGACGGAUUAAAAAUUCUUCAAGAAAAUUUAUCUGAAAUUUAUUUUGAAAGAAUAUUAACAGAACUAUCAAGUUUUAUUCAUCAAGAUGGUUCUUGCCAUUUUAUUCAACAUUUAAGUAUUGAUGAAAAACUUAAUUUAGCUCAAUGGUUUAUUAAAGAAAAAAAUCGACCAUUAUUAGUUUUUGAUUUACUAACAAACCAUGUAUUUAAUCAAUCUGCUAUUGAUCGAGAACAAUGUCAAAAUCUUCUUCGACAUUUACGACAAUGUGAAAAUUUAUCUGUAAAAGAGAAAGCUAUGAGUUACAUUGUACCUUGGAGAGAUGAUGAUGGACUCGAUAAUACCAGUCAAUCGUUCGAUUCUGACAUGUCUUAA